AUGACGCACCUCAAUGGUUUGUCUGCUGUAAUUUGUCCUCACCGACGCCACGGCCACCCUUGUUUCAUUCAAAAGCCUAGUGCACCCAACACUGGCGACUGGUUGACGCUUUGCAUCCGGUUUGACAACCCCGAAAAAUCCUCUAUGCAUGCGGUGCUGCUGGAGCCGCGAUUUCUGUCACCGUUGGAUGGCCGAUCUCUGCCGUCUCCAAGGACCUCGGAAUGUUUCACGCCUCCGAGGUCCGGGAUGUCAACUGGUGCACUACAAAGAUCCACCUCGUGGGCGGUUUAUGCGCGACAAAACUCUUUGUCAUCCCAGAGCUCGUACAGCAAGCAGCUUUCCGGCACCUCUCAAGGCAGCCACAGCUGCAGGCUCCCGCUGCAAUCGAUGAGUCUUCAAAGUCAGAAGCUUCAGAAGCAGCCGACGUUCCCAUCUCGAACUCAGUCCUCCUCGACUGUGACGGGCAGCGCCGUGAGUCAAGCUUCGUCACCCUCUGCAACAUCAGGUGGCUCCAGGGCAAGCCUGCGAGAGAGAAUGCCAGAGGCUGAGCUCGUACAGGAACUACGGGAGCUGAAGGAAUCGCUGAAGAUCAUGACCAUGGAGCAAAGCCAACGGAGUCUUUGA